CCCCAAACCGCCAGUACAAAAUCUCCUACAUUCCCCACCACCCAGAGCGCUCCAGCGUAACGUGUCGCCAAAGGUGGCAGCCGCUUCCAGCUCCAGGACCCGCUAGCUCGUCGUACCGGCGGCGAUGGGGGACGACUCGGACGGCGAGGCGGAGGAGUACCUCUUCAAGGUGGUAAUCAUCGGGGACAGCGCAGUGGGGAAGAGCAACCUGCUCUCACGCUACGCGCGCAACGAGUUCAACCUCCACUCCAAGGCCACCAUCGGGGUCGAGUUCCAGACGCAGAGCAUGGACAUCGACGGCAAGGAGGUCAAGGCCCAGAUCUGGGACACCGCGGGCCAGGAGCGCUUCAGGGCCGUCACGUCGGCGUACUACCGGGGCGCGUUCGGGGCGCUGCUCGUCUACGACAUCUCGCGACGGGCCACCUUCGACAACGUCGGACGCUGGCUCCAGGAGCUCAACACACAUUCUGACACUACGCUAGCCAAGAUGUUGGUGGGCAACAAAUGCGAUCUGGAGAACAUCCGUGAAGUGCCUGUAGAGGAAGCCAAAGCACUUGCGGAAUCCGAGGGGCUCUUCUUCAUGGAGACAUCAGCUCUGGACUCGACGAAUGUGAAGACGGCGUUCGAGCUCGUCAUUAAGGAUAUCUACGGAAGCGUGAGCAGGAAAAUACUGAACUCCGACUCGUACAAGGCCGAGCUAUCCCUCAACAGGGUGAACAUCGACGAUGACGACUCGAAAGACAGCCAAAAGCAGGCAAACCGGUUCGGGUGUUGCUAGCAAAACCUUGGUACAUUGUUCAUUAUUGGGUUUUACUGAGAUGUUGUGUUUUUGGUCACCGGUAUUGUUUGUAAACCUGUAACCCGAAAUUGGAUUUUGGUUCUGUUACACAUCUGAGUUACAGACAGACUUUACAGGUUGGGAGGAGAAUAGUUGUGUUACUGUAAGAUUGGAGACGAACUGUUUCUGUCUGGUAAUUGAAAAAGUCAUGCACCUAAGGUUGUACUA